AUGGAAGGAGAAGAUGGUGCUGCUUCUGAUCAUCUUCACCAUCAUCAUGGUGUUUAUGGGUUUCAAAACAAUCACAUACAAACUCCUCAUCAGCAUCACAACCAACUCUUCAGGCCUGGUCCUCCGUUGAAAGCCAUAGACAGGUUCCUGUGGUCUCAAAACAAUGCAAAGAACAAAGAGAGACUCGUCUCCUCAAAUGGGUUUUCCUCAUUUGGUGGUGCAAUGGGUGAUCUGCAGGCUUGUUCGAAUUGGCCGCCGAGUAGUCUCAGAGAGGCUAGCUUGGAUGAACUGCUUUUUCUUGAUCAUGGUGAGGCCAUGACUUGGCCUCCAGAGAAAAUUCAAAACCCUAACAUGGGGUUCAAAGAAGAUCAAGUGAAGGUGGGUUCUAAAGGGGUGGGAAAGAAAGCUAAAAAGGGUUCAUCUGUGCCUUUAAUCAAAGGACAGUGGACAGAUGAAGAAGACAGAAAACUGAUGAGAUUGGUGAAGCAAUAUGGAGUGAGGAAAUGGGCACAGAUAGCUGAGAAGCUUGUGGGUAGAGCUGGGAAGCAAUGUAGAGAAAGGUGGCAUAAUCAUUUGCGCCCUGAUAUCAAGAAAGAUAGCUGGACUGAAGAGGAAGAGAAGAUAUUAGUAGAAGCUCAUGCUGAGGUUGGGAACCGUUGGGCAGAGAUUGCCAAACGCAUUCCGGGAAGAACCGAAAAUGCCAUAAAGAAUCAUUGGAAUGCUACAAAAAGGAGGCAGAAUUCAAGGAGAAAGAACAAACAGACAGAUGCCAAAAAUGGAUCAUCAUCAUCAAAUAAGCCUCCUCAACCUUCCAUACUUCAAAACUACAUAAGAAGCAAGAAUUUCAAUAACAAAGCCAACAACAACUCUUCUUCCAAUGUUACCCCUACCCCAAGCAAUAUCAGCACCACUACCCCUACCAGCUCCUCCACUCUCACCCAGGACGAACCUUCAAAAAUCCCCUUCAACAUUUUUCUCUCGGACCCAUCGGACUUAUCUAGUUGUGAACACUCUCCAUUGAACAUUACAGCUGAUUCCUACAGUGAUGAGGAACUUCUCUUCAUGCAGAACUUCUUCAACAACAACAAUAAUGUUCACAAUCAUAAUCAGCAGCAGCAGCCAUUACCCAUCGACAAUUACAAUAAUGGCCUUACUGCAAAUCCAAUGGAUUCUACUGAUUGGUUUGUCACUUCAACUCCAAAACCAAACAUGUACACCAACAGAAACUUCCAAGCAGCUGUUCACAAUGUAGAAUCUCACAUAGGGAAUUCUACAGAAGACCCGCGAUCCAUUAAUCCCCCUACUACCCAUCCCAGUUCUGAUCUCUACCUCUCUUACCUCUUAAAUGGAGGAGCCAGUUCAUCAUCAUCUUCCGCGAAUCAUGAUCAUCAUAUGGGUAAUUACUAUAACAUGAACAUUGAUUUGGUGAUUCAUCAACAUCAAGCAGCUUCUGCAACUGAAAGGAGAGAGAUGGAUCUGAUUGAGAUGGUUUCUUCUUCGUCUUCUUCUCAGUUUGCUCAAGGUACCAACACUACUAGCUUCUAUUGA